GUUUCCGACCUGGCGUCAACUACGUGGCUGCGAGAUGGCGGGGACGGAUCUGCGGGCAGACUUAGAGCAGCGCCUCGGCGCCCUGGCCAUCCGCACGGAGGUUGUGGAACACCCCGAGGUGUUUACAGUUGAAGAAAUGAUGCCUCAUAUUCAGCAUCUUAAAGGAGCACAUAGUAAGAAUCUUUUUCUUAAAGACAAAAAGAAAAGAAGUUAUUGGUUGGUGACAGUUCUUCAUGAUAGACAAAUUAAUUUAAAUGAUCUUGCCAAGCACUUAGGUGUUGGGAGUGGAAAUCUGCGGUUUGCUGAUGAAACAGCCAUGCUGGAAAAACUAAAAGUUGGCCAAGGUUGUGCUACACCCCUGGCGCUCUUCUGCGAUGAUGGAGAUGUGAAAUUUGUUCUGGAUUCUGCUUUUCUAGAAGGUGGACAUGAGAAGGUUUAUUUUCAUCCAAUGACCAAUGCUGCCACCAUGGGAUUGAGCCCUGAAGAUUUUCUCAAAUUUGUGAAGACAACAGGACAUGAUCCUAUCAUAGUAAAUUUUGAUAAAAAUUAAUUGGGCUGGUGUCUGUUUGCCAAGGACAACCUAGUAGACUUUAGGUUUGAUCCCCAGCAUCACAAUGAAAUGGGAAAAAAAACCCUCUAACUUGGGUAAUGUUUCAAUUUUUUU